GAUAGCCGCAUAUCUGGUGGUUAUGAAAAUGUCCCAACUGAUGAUAUUCACAUGAAGCAAAUUGAUCUGGAGAAUGUAUGGCUUCAUUUUAUCCGGGAAUUUAUUGCACCAGUUACACUGAAGGUCUUUGCAGGCUAUUAUACAAAGGGGUUUGCCCUACUGAAUUUUGUAGUAAAAUACUCCCCUGAUAGACAGCGUUCUCUUCGCCCUCAUCACGAUGCUUCCACAUUUACUAUCAACAUUGCACUUAAUAAUGUGGGAGAAGAUUUUCAGGGAGGUGGAUGCAAAUUUCUAAGGUACAAUUGCUCUAUUGAAUCACCACGAAAAGGCUGGAGCUUCAUGCACCCUGGGAGACUCACACAUUUGCAUGAAGGACUUCCUGUUAAAAAUGGAACGAGAUACAUUGCAGUGUCGUUUAUAGAUCCCUAAGUUAUUUACUUUUCAUUGAAUUGAAUUUUCUUGUGGAAUGGAUGAUUGGCAUGAUCAUAUCUUUGAAGUUGUGCUUGAGAAGAUGAGAGGAAUAUUUAAAUAACUUCAACAGAACAACUUCACUUUGGGCCAAACAUUUGAAAAACUUUUUAUAAAAAAUUGUUUGAUGUUUCUUAAUGUCUGCUCUGAGCCUUAAAAAACAGGUUGAAGAAGAAAAAGGAAAAAAAGUAAAAGAAAAUAUUUAUUUCUAUGCUUUAUUGUCUUUGAGAAUAAUGACAAUUUUCUGAAUUUGUCUUUCAAGUUGAUAAAAUAUUCAGGU